AUGUUGCUAAUAUUCGUAUGCUAUUCUGCGUUUAUUAUGGCAGGCGCGCAUUCCCACAUUCCCGAAUAUGCCUCAAAUAACUCGCGUCAUGCCCAAAAUACUUCAGAAACUGACGAUAUCCAGAAUUAUGACAUGGGAAGCCAUCGUGGUUCGAACGCCGCCGCGUCACCGAGCGUUCCUAGUCACGAAGCCCUCGCAGGGACCCGUGAUGUAAACCACACUCGCGGAGAGGAAAGACGCGAUAGAGCCGGAUCAAAAUGCUCGCCCUUUCAUCAUCUGCGUUUAUUCGACGAGCGGGCGAAACCAAGCAGCCGUUACAAACAUGAGAAAUCAGGAAAGAAACCGCCAGUCACGAGCGAAGAGGAAAUGAAUCCCGGCAUAAAAGCAAGGGCCAAAUCGUCAUCGACCAAUGACAUCCUGGCGGCGAUUGGAGGCCGAAUCGACCCCGCCGGCCCGCGUCUUGACCCUGGCCUCGGGGGAGCGACGUCGUGGUUGACGGCGACCAAUCCUCCAGACCCUCACUCCCGCGCGGACGCCUUCCUGCUGGGGCUGGACGAGCGCCUGAACCUCGCGCUGGUCGGCUCCCUCCCGCACGACGCCGUGGCCCAGGUGCGGAUCCACUGGCUGCUCGACCUCGUGCAGGGCAGACUAGAAGACGGACAACCCAGCUAUAACUUCAGCCACCUGGAUGCCUUACUGGACCACCUGUGGCGACAUCAGCUGCGGCCUGGCUUCGAGCUGAUGGGAAAUCCGGGGAACAUUUUCACAGAUUUCGAAAACAAAACGCAGGUUCUUUGGUGGCGCGAUUUGGUGGCGCAGACAGCCCGUCGCUACACAGAUAGAUACGGCCUGGAAUGGGUCGCCUCUUGGAACUGGGAAUCCUGGAACGAGCCGGACCAUCACGACUUUGACAACCUGAACUUUACACUCUCAGGUUUCCUCAACUACUUCGACAGUUGCCGGGCGGGUCUGGAUGACGUCACGGAACAGCUGAUCCUGGGGGGUCCCGGGGGUUCUUGCCGUGACCCCAGCUUCUCCCGCUUGUGCUGGGCGCUGCUGGGGCACUGCGAUCGUGGCUCCAGCUUCUUCACGCCGGGACGUCCGCCUCGAAUCGAUUUUAUUUCGUUUCAUAAGAAAGGCCAGGAAGACGCAGACAGCAUUUUGACUCAGGAACUUGAGACGAUCGAGAAAAUACGAAGAGAUUACCCACGGCUGCGUCACGUCCCAAUAGUGAAUGACGAGGGCGAUUUCCUGAAGGGCUGGUGGCGCCCUCGACCCUGGAGAGCAGACGGGCGGUACGCGGGCUUGGUGGCACGGGCGGUCUACACCCACCACGAAGCGCUCACCUCACGCCCACGCCUCAACUACCAGCUCAUCAGCUUCGACAACGCUUUCCUUAACUACUUCCCGAACUUUUUCGAGCAGCGGAGUGUGGUGGCCAGAUUUCAGAUCAACACAACUUCGCCUCGACAAGUGCAAAUGGUCAAGAAAGACUCGUACACAGUGCUUGCGUUGCUGAGUCUCCUCGGCGAUCACGUGAUUCCACAUACGAAGGACGCGGGGUUGGAAGGAUUGUCGGUGAUAUCAACAUGUCGCGGAUGCAGACGGCAAGCGAGUCCAGAGUCAGCCGUUACAGAAACCCCGCGCGAUUCCAUUUCAAAAAGCCCGCCAACCGAAAGCGCGGGAAAAGGAGGCGAAGCCACGGUCACUCAGACCCCGAAGAGAGACCUCGAACCAGAGAAUGACGUCACAUCCCCACUUCAAGACCUCAGGGAAAACCCGACGGAGAACGUUCCACGCGAGAGAACGACAGAGAACGGAAAAACAACGACUCCUUCAGAAAACUUAGAAACCCGAGCGCACAACGAAAACGCGACGGGCCUCAAGCUGUCCAACGAAACCGCUCGACCAAUUCCAGAUUCAAUUCCGAGAGAAGGACAUGACGCCAGUACCAACAGGGCCAACCUGCCGCCUCGCAGUGCCGCUCUCUCUGCGUGGGAAGCGACCAUCCUGGUGGCACGCUCGAAUGGCACUCAGAGGUCGAGCGAUGGCGUCGAUGUGGAGGUCGUCCUUAGGCUGCCUCGGGAGGUUAUCGGGGAGCGGCUGGCCGUCGUGGCUUACCAGCUGGGCGGGGAACACAAGGGCCCGUAUGAAGCCUGGAUUGACCUCGGACGACCCGUGGAACCCAGCAGGAAGGAGCUCGCGUUCAUCAGGUCACACGAGGGAGGCAGACGUGACGGCCCCAGAUUCCUCGUCGCUUCCAACACCUCCCUGACGAUGGCGAUGACGGUGCUGGUGCCCGACGUGAGGCUUAUCCACGUCUGCAGAGCGGUCGAGGGAGAUCCAGGCAGGGUGAGGAUGUGGGUGCGGGACUAUCAUCUGGAGUGGGUCUACCUCUGCUCCGACUUCCAAGGUCGUUUAUCUCUAUCCUCAAGAGCACCGAGCAAGAAGUGUACCGCUCCCUUCCAGGAAUUCGCCUCUAAGCACGCCCGAUUCGAGAAGGAGACCGCGCCAAGGCAAGAUCCUGCCCCUUCUGAGUCCCUCCGAGGAGAUCCUCUCCUCAUGUCGAAUGUCGGCCGUCUCUUCUCGAAUGCACCCUCGUAG